UUUUCCCGUUUUUUCCCCGGCAGUGUCCUGACAGGGCACAACCACUACGUGAUGUGUGCUCAGUUCCACCCCAGCGAGGACCUGGUGGUGUCGGCCAGUCUGGACCAGACCGUGAGGGUUUGGGACAUUUCGGGAUUGAGGAAGAAGAACCUGUCCCCCGGGGCGGUGGAGUCGGACGUUCGCGGCAUCACCGGCGUCGAUCUCUUCGGCACCACCGACGCCGUGGUCAAACACGUCCUGGAGGGCCAUGACCGUGGUGUGAACUGGGCCGCGUUCCACCCGUCCAUGCCGCUCAUCGUGUCCGGCGCCGACGAUCGCCAGGUGAAGAUCUGGAGGAUGAACGGUGAGAAAUGCAACCUGUUCGCUGCGGGUCACGAUGGGGGGAUGUUGGUGUUUAAAUUGGAGCGGGAGCGCCCGGCCCACGCCGUGCACGGGAAUUUCCUGUUCUAUGUCAAGGAUCGGUUCCUGCGCCAGCUCGACUUCUCCAGCUCCAAGGACGUGGCUGUGAUGCAGCUCCGCAGCGGUUCCAAGUUCCCGGUGUUCAACAUGUCCUACAACCCAGCUGAGAACUCCGUGCUGCUCUGCACUAGAGCCAGCAACCUGGAGAACAGCACCUACGACCUCUACACCAUCCCCAAGGAUGCAGAUUCCCAAAAUCCCGACGCUCCGGAAGGGAAGCGCUCCUCGGGGCUCACGGCCGUGUGGGUGGCACGGAACCGAUUUGCGGUGCUCGACCGGAUGCACUCGAUCCUGAUCAAGAACCUGAAGAACGAGAUCACCAAGAAGGUUCAGGUUCCCAACUGUGAGGAGAUUUUCUACGCCGGCACCGGGAAUCUCCUCCUGCGCGACUCCGACUCCGUCACGCUCUUCGACGUCCAGCAGAAACGGGAUGAAAUUUUUUCAGGAAAAAUAAUUUUUUUGGGGAAUUUCGGGAAUUUUUGUGAAUCCCACAGUGACCACGGGAUCAUCCGCACCCUGGACCUGCCCAUCUACGUGACGAGGGUGAAAGGGAACAACGUUUACUGCCUGGACCGCGAGUGCCGACCCCGCGUGCUGACCAUCGACCCCACCGAGUUCCGCUUCAAACUCGCCCUCAUCAACCGCAAAUACGACGAGGUUUUACACAUGGUGAGGAACGCCAAGCUGGUGGGCCAGUCCAUCAUCGCGUACCUGCAGAAGAAGGGCUACCCCGAGGUCGCUCUGCAUUUCGUCAAGGACGAGAAAACGCGCUUCGGGCUGGCGCUGGAGUGCGGCAACAUAGAGAUUGCCCUGGAAGCAGCCAAGGCUCUGGAUGACAAGGGCUGCUGGCAGAAGCUGGGAGCUGCAGCGCUGCUCCAGGGGAACCCACAGGUGGUGGAAAUGUGUUACCAACGCACCAAGAGCUUCGAGCGCCUCGCAUUCCUCUACCUGCUGACAGGAAACCUGGAGAAACUCAGGAAGAUGAUGAAAAUCGCCGAGAUCCGGAAGGACAUGAGCGGUCACUACCAGAACGCGCUGUACCUGGGGGACGUGGCCGAGCGCGUCCGGAUCCUGCGCAACUGCGGCCAGAGUGAGUCUGGGAUUUGGGAAUUCUGA